UGUCGCGAAAUGAUGAUCCGUUGCCAGGAGAAGGUUUUUUCCAACAUUGCCAAGCUACAAUCAGAUCAACGGGAGUACGGACAACGGCAGAGCAAUCAAAUGGAUGCCGAUAGGAUCUACAAACGCAGCGAGGAGAAGCUGACUGCAGCUCUCAAUUACAUUCAAUCGAAGAAGAAGGAACCGGAAAAGAGUCAAAAGUUUCGUCGAGCUCAAGUUGAUUACAACCAGAAAUUCCAAGCCUUUGAGAAUACGGUUAUAGCUACGCACCAUGCUCGUAAUGAGUACCUGAUUCAACUCUGCGCCGCCAAUCAGAGUAUUCAUCGAUACUUCACUGACGAACUAUCAGACAUACUUGAUCUAUGGGCAAUGCAAAAAUUUGGUUUAGUGAAAUCUUUCGCCAGAGCACCACCGAUGCCUUUCCCCUACGUUAUCGUGUGGCCGUUCUACUCGAUUUUCCGUCUCAUUUAUCGUAUCUACCGACGCAAGACUAACACCGAUACACCCUUCUGUUAUGCAGUAGAUGAGACCCAACAGCGACAGAUUGUGAAUUGGCAAAAAUUCCGAAGCUUGGACUAUUUGCAUCGCCAUCCCAAAGCUUACGAACAAAUGAAGGAUAAGGCAGUGAGUGGAAAGGAUAGCAAGAAGGACUGGUGGAUAGAAACGGGUUUAAAGCCAGAAAAACUGGAAACUCAAAUUACCGCAAUGGGCGCAAAACUGGCAACUGAGUUUAUUGAGUCGCGCCUAGCAGGAUUGGAAAUGCGUCUUGCAAUGACGAACUUGGCAUCUACCAAUGCAUUAAGCCAAACUCCUGGUACAAGCAUCAUUCUCAAAAUCAGAAGAAGAGGAGUCGAGUUGGAGAGGGAAUGCUUUAAUCCUUCCAAAAGAGUUCAUGAGGCGGGAAAUGUGAGUAGGGAGCGGAGGGUUGGUGGAUUGAUCUCGUAG